GCACAUUCUAUCACGCAGGCCGCAGGAGCCGGGCCGGGCCUCGAACCCGCGGACUCGUGAGCGGAAAGGCGGGCCUUUCCCUGCGUGCAUGCGCGCACGCGCGGCGUCGCGGGACGGGGAGCGGGUGCCGGUCGGCCGCCGAGGAGACGGGCGGAAAUGCUGCAGCUGCUGGAGAAGCUGCCGCCGGGACGGGCGUUGGAGUUCCUUCAUAACGUAGUUGAUGGCAUAUGUGGACGUGGGUAUCCUCGGUACCAGGAUUACAGCGGUGUUUGGAGCUUGGCGGAAUGGAUGGAGGUUUUGGAAGGAACAAGGACGUAUUUCAAAACGGCCGUUGGCAAAAACAUAACUGAUGAAGAGGCUGUUCAGCAGAUGAAUGAGUUAAAUGCAAACUAUCAAGAAGCAAUCAUAAAAUGUCUAAAAGGCAGAAAAGAAGAAAUCAGGAAUGCACUCAUAGAAACAGUAAAUGCAAUCUCAUCUGCCCAGCUGCAGGAUUUUGACUGGCAAUUAAAACUUGCUCUGUCCAGUGAUAAGAUCUCCACGCUGCAAAUGCCACUUCUGAAUCUUGAUUUGGAUGUGAGAGAAAACGGUGAAAUUAAACCAAUUUCAAUAGAAAUGAAUAAGGAAGAGCUGCAGAACCUAAUAAAUGCGCUGGAAGCUGCUAAUAAGGUUGUCUUGCAGCUGAAAUGAUGGAAUUCAGAUCACUGAUAAGGUCUGCUGAUGAUGGUUCUCCCGUUGACUUGAAAAAAGUAAUAGAAACAUUAUCUGCAAAAUCAAAAGCUGUUGAUGUUCUGAAGUACUGAACUGAGAAGGCAGUUAUGACUAGUGACCAAAUAAACUAUUUAUCCUUUUAUGAAAACAAAAUACCUGCUAGGGUGAAAAUAUGAAAAUUGCUUUUAGUACUAAAGAUUUUUAGAAAGGUGAAAAAGUAAAAUGUGUGAUGUGCCAUAUUUGUUUUGGUUAGAUUUUGAGAGUGACUGCACAGGUGCCUAAUGAAACCAAGGAGUCUUAAUUGCAUGUCCUUGAUGCCAUGAUAAUGAACAUGACAGCAUAUUUGUAGCAUUAAUGUAUUUAUACUUGUAAAUAGUAAAUAAACUGACUGUAUCUGUGAAUUUUUGCAAUAAAUUGUUUCUUGAUGUACUACUCA